CGGGUGAGGACUGGAAACCCAGACAGUCCAGGGACAAGAAGGUUAUCAGCAGUCCUGACAUUCACGAAAGGGAAUACUCCACCUUGGCCACUUCAACUGCUUCAACCUUGGCUGCUUUUGACUUUCUGAGGUCUCUGCUUUUAUCCUACACCCCAAAGAUGGAGGUACUACUGGGAGUAAAAAUUGGCUGCCUGCUUGCCCUUCUGGUUCUCACAAUGGGCUGUGGCCUUACUCCCAUCUACGUCAAAUGGUUCCAGAUGGAUGCAGCUACAGGUCAUCACCACAGGGUUCUCAGCCUCCUGGGCUGCACCUCUGCCGGCGUCUUCUUGGGAGCAGGGUUGAUGCAUAUGACUGCUGAAGCCCUGGAGGGAAUUGAGUCAGAAAUUCAGAGAUUUGUGGUGCAGAAUAGUACAGGAAGUAAGGGGAAUUCUUCUCGUGAUGCUGCUUCUAGUUACGUGGAGUAUCCCUAUGGAGAGCUCAUCAUCUCCCUGGGCUUUUUCUUUGUCUUCCUUUUGGAGUCACUGGCAUUGCAGUGCUGUCACGGGGAUGCUGGAGGAUCAACAGUACAGGAGGAGGAAUGGGGAGGGACUCAUGCCUUUGGAUUCCACAAGCACCCACCCAUACCCUCACCCUCACGGGGUCCCCUGCGUGCCCUGGUCCUUCUGCUCUCACUGUCCUUUCACUCCGUGUUUGAAGGCCUAGCUGUGGGACUGCAGGCAACAGUGGCAACCACUAUACAGCUCUGUGUUGCUGUGCUGGCUCAUAAGGGGCUUGUGGUGUUUAGUGUGGGCCUGAGGCUGGUGAAGAUCGGCACCGGACCACGAUGGGCCACGUUCUGCAUACUGUCACUAGCUCUCAUGUCUCCUGUGGGCCUAGCCCUGGGGCUGACUGUGGCUGGAGGGGCCUCGGGACAAGCACAGGGAUUAGCCCAGGCUGUAUUAGAGGGUAUAGCAGCUGGCACAUUUUUAUAUGUCACCUUCCUAGAAAUUUUGCCCCGGGAGCUGGCUUGUCCUGAGGCCCCUCUGGCCAAGUAUGGCUGUGUGGCUGCUGGGUUUGCCUUCAUGGCCCUUAUUGCCUUGUGGGCCUGAGAUAUUCCUCACUGCUCGGAUAGACCUAUGUAGGGUAACUUCUCCUGAGGACACUCCCUCAAUAACUUCUGUCCUCAGACAUUAUUUUCAAUGAGACUAAACAUUUACUAGGCACGGACUGACUCAGACUUCAUAGGACGUGAGAUCCCGUCCUAGCUCAGGACUUAGAAUGUUUUGUUUGCAUACCUAUUUAACUGGAAAAUUGGUGUCAAGACCAUCACUCCAGAUUCGUUAUUGUGUAUAAUAAAAGUCCCAUUUUACCUGUUCCCUUCAA